AUGCCACCGAGACAUGCACAUCGUGGUGGACAUUAUCUACCGAUACCUAUUUCAUCAUCUUCAGACUCCUCGCCGUCAUCUACUCCGGCACCACUUCUGACUCCUAGCUUUGAGGCUACACCUUCAGGCUCUAGCUUUGAGACUGACCCGUCUGAAGGGUCAUAUGAUCAGACACCAGAGCACAUUCCUUUGUCUCCAGACCCAUACUUUAUGGACAUCGAGGUGGAUGUGGUACACGAUAGUCCAGUGCAUGGAGAUCAUCCCGCAGCUCCUGCAUCUCCUGCCGCUGAUAUUCCACCAGCUCCUGCCGCUCAUAUUCCACCGGCCCCUGCCGCACCUAUUCCGGCAGCACAACCUCAACCAGCGCCAACAGAUCCAGCUAUGAUAGCACUUCUGGAACUGAUGGCUGAGAUGGUGAAUUCGCAAUAUCAAGCAUUGAAUGCACAGCGAGAAGCACAGCGUGCUCAGCCAGCUCCAGUACCUACCACUUCUCACCCGGACUUCCUGAAGAUAGUCAUGAUUAUGAAGAACUUGGGGACGAAGCAUUACCAGGGAGGCACUGAUCCCUUUAAAGCUGAUGCGUGGCUUCACAAUCUCGAGCAGAACUUUGUUGCAACCUCCUCAGCCGCAUUCUGCUAUGCAGCGAGGACGAGGAGGUAG